AUGUUUAAGAAACGGAAAAUUAUAAAAAAACCUUCGAUAGUCAGUAAUUCAAAGGAGGUUACAGAAGGACCAUUCACCAGCAGUACCACUGAUAUUAGUAAUACGAUUCAUAAUAAAAGAACAAAAAUAAAAUUAUCCUUUGCGACGGAUGAUGAUGGUAAUGUUAAUAAGCAAAAUUCAGAUUUUGAUGAAAUCGCCAAUACUACUAAAAACAAUAAUCCACCAAAAAAUUCUAUUACUUCCUUUUUAAAAGGUGAAAAACAUAGUGAUUCUUUGUAUAGUACUAAUAAUUUACAUUUAUCAAAGAAGAAAUUGAAGUCAAGGCUUCGCAAAAAUACUAUCUCCAAUCCUGACUUUGGAUCCAAUUCUAAUAACAAUGUUUUUUCCACAUCCAAUCAUAAUAAUACCAAAAACAAUAAAGACAAGGAUUAUGACUUGGAAGAUUUGAAAACUUUAUAUCAAACAUCUACCGAUCUCACUAAGGAGCUACGGCAUGAUAAUGAUGUUGAAGCGUUUAAAGCCUCAACAAGCCCGACCGUAAUACUGAAUUUGGAGGAUUUAGAAGACGAAGACAAUAAUAUGGUGCACAAUAAAAUUAAUAACAGAAAUAGAAACGAAGUUAUUUUAACUGAGCAACAGGUAGAUAUAAUAAAAUUACGGAAGUUAAAGAGACAACAACAGGAAUCAAAUAGAGAUUAUGGUGAUAGGGAUAAGAGUAGAAAAAUAUUGAUGAAGGAAGAUAGAGAGUACGUAAAAUUAUUUGAACAAAAUAAUAGAGAGGAAUUAUCAGAAAUGGACAAAGGGGGGGAUUUUGGAACAAUUUCAUUACCCACCCACAAUGAUAAAAGAAAUAAUAAAAAAGAAGGUUACGAUAACGACGAAUAUGAUAGUGUGUUUAUUGAAAAUUCAGAUGGGAGACUAGCACUAACAGAAAAUGAACAGCUACAACAAGAUUUAGAAAGAGAACGCGAAAUUAAAUCAAAAUUACACGACAUAUACGGUGAGUUGGUGAUGAGCAACAGUGAUGAGGAGAACGAUGGUAACGAGUUUAUGGCUUUGAAAGGUGAUAUUGUUUUAGAACAAUCUGAACUAACAGCAAAUAUUGAUGGCAUGAUAGAACAAGUUCAAAAAGAUUUGAAAAGUGUGGAUGAAAAAUUAGUCAACAAUAAAUUACAAUUAGAUCUUUUGAGGAAGGAGUUCAAAACAAUUUUGGAAACGGGAAUAUUGCCAAAAGAAAGCAAAGGCGUUAAUUGA